CCCGAAGCCCUAACUUAGGGCUCGGUCACUUAUCCGAGCUAAACGAUUGACCCCUCAAAGAGCAUUAUUACAUAUACUCUGACAGCUGGUCAAUGGCAUUGUGACAACAUUGAUACAAUAUGCAUAUCCUUGGUCUUGCAAACGGAACGCCAUCAGGCAAUUCGGAGAUCUUGCUGAAGGCUGCAUUGACAGCAGCAACGGAAUCUGACUCUACUAUAACGACAUCAUGGAUACACGUUCCCUCCAUUUCGAUACCGACAAAUCCAGUACCACUGGAUAGUCCUGUUGGCUUCGAUCUUGCUUCGAAACUCAAUGUAGCUUCCAACAAUGCACCAGAUGACCGGGCUGCUGUCCGCGAAGCUAUACUCGAUGCAGAUGCCAUAUUAGUAUCCACUCCCACGUACAGCCAUCAGCCACUGGGAACCUUGAAGCUGCUCAUGGACAGAAUCGGCGGACCUGCUCUGGAUGUCACUUUCGGCAAGACAUUCAACCCAGACAAACUCGAUCCAAGACUCUCAAAGCCACGAGUACUUGCAUUCAUUGCAGUAGGAGGAUCUUCCACGCCCGAUCAGUUCACCAUGGUCCUGCCGAGCUUGCAUCUCUUGUUUUAUGCUCUGCAUGCCCGUAUCGUUGAUCAAUUCAUUGGUCAGGAUUUGGGAACCUCUGGGGCGGUAUGCUUGCACGACGAUCUGAUCUCUCGAGCACAACGUAUGGGAAAGAAUCUUGCCAGUGAGAUUGGCAAAGCGUAUGAUGAUGCGCAGUACCUCGGCGAUAAAGAGGAUGGUGCAUGCCCACACUGCCAUCUUGCAAAGAUCGAACUUCUACCUGAGCACGGCAAAAACGCUAUUGGAUGCACUACAUGUGGUACUAGAGGUAGCAUGACUGUCAAUCAUGACGGUGACAUACUUCCCGCGUGGGAAGAGGAGUCACAGUGGAGCUGCCUGACUUGGGCAGGUAAGUUGCAGCAUGCGAAGGAUAUAAUGAGUUGGGCGAAGAGGGACGCGCCCAGGAAGGCUGAGGUCAAGGAAGGGCAGGAGAACUGGAAGGCAGUUCACGUUCAGCAACUCAUUCUACCGAGCCAGAGUAUGUAACUCCAAGCUCGAAGUUACCGAGCCAGCUUAAAAAAUAAGAAUUCGAAUCAACGUCUCUGCA